AUGUCUCAAUCCUUGCGACCUUACCUCCAAGCUGUCCGGAGCAGUCUGACAGCCGCCCUGACGCUCUCCAACUUCGCUUCCCAAACUGCCGAACGUCACAAUGUCCCCGAGAUCGAGGCAAAAACUUCCCCCGAAGUCCUCUUGACUCCCCUUACAAUUGCUCGCAACGAGAAUGAGCGUGUCCUAAUCGAACCGAGUAUCAAUUCCGUGCGGAUAUCUAUUAAGAUCAAGCAAGCCGACGAGAUCGAACACAUUCUGGUUCAUAAGUUCACCAGAUUCUUGACGCAGAGAGCGGAGUCCUUCUUUAUCUUGAGGAGGAAGCCCAUCAAGGGAUACGACAUUUCCUUCCUGAUCACCAACUUCCAUACAGAGGAAAUGUUGAAACACAAGCUAGUCGACUUCAUCAUUCAAUUUAUGGAGGAGGUUGAUAAGGAGAUUUCGGAGAUGAAGCUCUUCGUAAGUAUAGCCUUGAUUGAAAACUGUGGACUUAUUCUAUCAACAAGAAACCGCUGA